AUGGAAGGUGAAACGGCUGUAGUAUCAUCAGCAAAUAUUGAUCGUAAAAAUGAUUCAUCAUCUCCGAUCAAUUCUAAAUAUCCUCAAUCACAAUCUCGAGCUGCGUCUAAUAAUGUCCGUCCAAAUACAAAUGCAAGUAAUUCGACACGAGGUUUAAAUAUUGAAGAACGACAUACUCUACCGGAAAUACCUCAUAACCCAUUAACUGCUACUGUUGCACAUGUUGUUUCAAGAGAACUUGGAGAAAAUUUUCUCAAAACUCCAAUACGUCCAGAAACUGUUAAAAAAUUAGUUGUAUCAGGAAAUGUUGAUGAUAUAACACAUCGUUUAUAUGUUCAACAUUUACGUGAAAUUCAAGCUAAACGUGAAUAUCAAUUACAAAAAAUUGGACAUGAUGAACAAGCAUUUUUAUUAGCUCAUAUUCAAGCAUAUGAUGGUGAAGAUGAUGAAGAAAAAGCACAUCUUACAAGUUUAUAUAUCGAUGAACAAACAUUAACAAGAGAUCAAGUCAUAUUACCACGAGAUUUUCUUAAUUAUAAUCUUCAAAGACAUAUUAAACAAUCGUCUAAAGAAGAAACAAAAUCAAAAGGUGCCAUAGAGAGUAUUAAACAAGCAACAGAUGAUGACAAAAAAUUGCCUAAACUUAUUCAUCAAUCUACAAAGAAAACUUUAAAUACUUUAUGGAAAGAUCAAAUAAGUGUACCAGAAAGAGAUUUAAGUCGUGCUCGUUUAAAAAUGCUUGAUAAUCUAACGAAUUAUCAAACAAAUCCACGAUUUGAUGAAAUUCGACAAAAUCAACUUAUUACAACAGGACCUUUAAAUAAACUUCCAAGUUUAUUACCUGUAUUCGAAGCUAUUCCUUCUGAAAUUAUUUUUACUCAAUAUCGAGUUGGUGAUGUUCAUGAAACAACAUUAUGUUUACGAAAUUUAAGUAGUGUUGCACAUAGUUGUCGAAUUGUACCACCAAAAACACCAUAUUUUUGUAUUAGCCUUCCUCAAUAUCCAUCGGGUCAUUCACUUGUAGCUGCUGGAUUAAGUGUUAUGUAUAAUAUUAAAUUUUCACCAGAUACAUUAGGUGUUUUUCAAGAUGAAAUUAUUGUACAAUGUUCAAAUGGAACAGAAUUUCCCGUUAAAUUAUUAGCUAAACGACCACCACCAGUACUUACACUUCCAUCAUUGGUUGAUUGUGGUUAUUGGCUUGUCGGUGGACGUAAAAUGUGUGAAUUUAAAGGACGAAAUGAUGGUGGUGAAGGACGUUUUGCAAUUGUUCCAGCUGCAUCAUGGCCAGCAGUUAAUUUUAAGACUGUAGCUCGUAAUGAAACUGUUCAAUUAGCUCCAUUUGAAUUGGCUCCGCCAACACUUGAUCUUCGUCCAGGUGAUACGUUUUCAUUACAUGCUUCAUUUAAUCCUCUUUUACCUGGUGAAUUUCUUGAAGAAUUUAUUAUGAUUUGUGAUAAUGGGGAAAUUUUACGAUAUAAAUUGAAAGGUGUGGCUCAAACAAUUCAAGUUCGUCUUGAAGAUAUUGAAGGUGGUGCUGUAGAUUUAAAUGAACUUGAAAUACGUGAUAUUUCAGCACAAUAUUCCGUUAGUUUUAUUUCAAUAAAUCCAUUUUCUUAUUGUCAAAAGAAGAUGACAAUCAAAAAUCUAACAAAUGUUGAAUUACCAUUUGUAUGGGCAAUACUCGAACCAGUACUUUAUACACGUGAAGAUUUUUCAAAACAAACACAACCAAUUGAAAUUGAAAGAAUCGUUUGUGAAACAUCACAAUUUCAUGUUGAACCUAGUCGAGGAACAUUUCCACCAUUAGCAACUGUAGAUUUUCGUCUUAUUUUUGCUCCAUCACAAAUUGGUAAUUAUCAUACAGUCUUUCAUUUAAUUGUACCGAAUGCUCCAACAUAUCCAACACCAUCACCAAGUACCAAUCUUACUGGUAGUAUAAGUCACUUAGCUAAUGAACGAGCUCCUUCACCGGAUUUAUUACCUCGUAAUGCUGCAAGACCUUCUUCAAUCCCAUCAACAAGUAUUCAAAUAGCUGAUUAUACAGUAUUACGAUUUGAAACACGUGGUAUUUGCGAAAAUUUUAAAUAUAUAUUUGAUCCAUUUGCCAUUAUAUUUAUGGAUAAACUUUAUAAAGGUUUAGCUUACAGAAAAGAUUUUCAAUUAACCAAUACAAGUAUUAGUCCAUUAAUGGUUAAUUGGGCAAAUAUGAUUGGUGAACAAAUUAUUAAUGUUGAACCAGUUGUUGCAGAAAUUCCUGCUGAUGCUACUUGUCAAUUUACGUUGAUUCUAACUGGAACAAAAGUAGGUCCAGCUAAAGUUGAAUUACCAUUUAAACUCGAUGGAAUUGAUGAUUAUGGAUAUUUACAUGUUGAAGCUGAAAUAAUUGGUCCUGAUAUAGAAAUUGAUCCGGCUACACUUGAUUUUGGUUUAAUUGAAUAUGGAGAAACAAUUCAAAAGAUUAUCAAAAUCAAAAAUCUAAGUCCAAUUAUUGCGAAAUGUCAAGUGCAAGAAGAUCAAUCUAAAUCUCUAUUAACUCUACCAAAUGGUACUGAUUUAACACUGAAACCUAUCGAAGUUUAUGAAAUGCCUAUUCGUUUAUUGGCUAAUGAAGAAGGUGCCUUAUUAGAACAUUUAGAAGUAAUCGUAGAAGAUGGCAAAACUAUACCUAUUGAGAUUACAGCAAUUAUUCAACGACCAAGUGCUUAUAUAUCACCAGUUGAACUUGAUAUUGACGAAUCAUUUCUUCAUGUUCCAAUUAUUCAACAAAUUGAAUUACAAGCUAUUAAUGGAUUACCAACAUAUUUUCAAUGGGGCGAAUCAACUUGUAUUGAUAAAAAUCAAUGUUUAAUUGAAAUAAAUCCUCGACAAGGAAUUCUUUAUCAUGGUAAACCAUGUUUUAUUGAUAUAAUGUUUAUUGCUCAAGAAUGUGGAACAUUAAAUGAUGAUUGGCAUAUACCAUGUUAUAUACAAAAUGCAGCACAACCUAUUUUUCUUAAAAUAAAUGCUUUAAUGAAAGGAAUGAAUGUAGAAUUUCGAUAUGAACAAAAUAUAUUUCAAUAUGAUGAACAAUUUACACUUGAUUUUGGUCGUGUUCCAUUAGGACAAAAAUCAUGUUUAGAAUUGUCUAUUACAAAUUUAACAGAUAUAGAUAGUGACAUAAAGGCUAAAAUAGCAAAAUUUAAAACACGACCUUUAUCAGCUGCUCAAGGACGUAAAACACAAAAUUUUGAACCUAUUGAUCAAGAUAUUGGUGUUGGUUUUCAUUUGGAUCAAUCUGAAUCAACUACUUAUUCGUUACCACCACGUGGAUCAAUAAUUAUUCCAUUAUCAGUUAUAAGUUCUAUGUGGGGAGAUUAUACUGAUCUUUUACAACUUCAAAUUGAUGGUAUGGAUUCAAUAAAAGAAAUUCCUAUUCGAGUUCAUAUAAGUGGUAAUCCAAUAAAAACAUUUUUAAGUACAAAUAAAAAUGAUAAAUCAUCAUCAUUACCUAUUGUACAAUUUGGUUCAAUGUUACAUAAUUCAUUACCAAUAAUAAAAAAAGUUCAUAUGCAAAAUAUUUCACAUAUACCGAUACGUAUUGAUUGGGUUAUUUAUGAUAUAACAGAAGAUAUGAAAGAAAAUUCGAAACUUAUUGAACUUAUAUCAGUUGUUGAUAAUAAUCCAUUUGAUAGUUUUCUAAGUGAAACAAGUAUUAUGGAAAAUAAUGAUGAGUUAACGUCUCAAACAACUGUAUCAACAAAAACAACUUCAAGAGAAAAUUCAGGUCUGUUAUCUCAUUCAUCAGCCAGUAUGAUUGAUGAUAAACCAGCACCAUUGAUUAAACUUUAUGUCAAACCUUAUCAAGGUAAACGAUCUUCAGAUACAAAUGCUAUUUAUUCGAUUUCAUCAACAACAAAAAUUGUUAAACCCAGAGAACAUUUUUAUCUUGAUAUAACUAUGACACCACGUAAUUGUCCAAUAAAAGAUUGUCCAAUGAAAUAUAAUGCACGAAUGAUUGGAGUAUUAAGUGUAUCAGAAGAAAGACAAGGUUCACCAAGUCAAGGUUUUCAUCGACCUAUAUUUUAUGAACACGAAGAACAAAUUGAAUUUGAAAUGCAUGCAUCACUUGAAAUGCCAUCGUUACGUGUUGAACUUAAUGAUGAUGAUUAUAAUGUUGAUGAAUCCGAAGCACUUUUAUUUGCUAUUCCUGCUGGUAAGAAAAUCUUUUAA